GCUCUUUCCGCUGAGCCACGCUGCUUCAACUGCCAGAUCUAGGCAUGCCCGCCCCGUCGUCCCUGAAGAACUGCGCCCGGCUCGGGGGCGUCCUCACGGCCCCGGGCGGCGGCGGUGGCGGCGGCGGCGUCAUCCUGCAGUCGGUGUCCCACGACGUGUACGAGAACCUGGCGGUGGAGGACUGGGUCCACGACCACGCCAACCUGGAGGGCCGCCCGGUCCUCUUCGUCUGGAGGAACUCGCCCAGCGUGGUCAUCGGCCGCCACCAGAACCCCUGGCAGGAGUGCGACCUGAGGCUGCUGCGGGCCCGGGGCGUCCGCCUGGCGCGGCGCAAGAGCGGCGGCGGGGCCGUCUUCCACGACCUGGGCAACGUCAACCUCACCUUCUUCACGACCAGGGGCGAGCACGACCGCCGGGGCAACCUGGACCUCGUGGCCCGGGCCCUGCGCUCCCUGCAGCCGCGGCUGGACGUCGCGGCGACCGCCCGGCUGGACCUCGUCCUGGACGGGGGCUUCAAGGUCUCCGGGACGGCCUCGCGGGUCGGCCGGGCGGCCGCCUACCACCACUGCACGCUGCUGUGCGGCACGGACGCGGCGCUGCUGGCGGCGGCGCUGCGCGGGCCCGCCGCCGGCCUGGCCGGCCGCGCCACGCGCAGCGUGCCCGCCUCGGUGAAGAACCUGCGCGAGGCGGACCCGGCCCUGACGUGGGAGCGGGUGGCGGGGGCCGUGGCGGCCCACUUCGCCGCCGCCCGCCGGGCCCGGCCCGCCGUCCUGCCCGUGGACCCGGCCGACGAGGCGGCCUUCCCCGGCCUGGCGCGCCGGGCCGCGGAGCUCCGCUCCUGGGACUGGGUGUUCGGCCGCAGCCCGCCCUUCAGCCUGCGCGCCUGCCUCGACGUCCCGGCGGGCGGCGCGGCGCCGCUGCGGGUCGGCGUGGCCCUCGACGUGAGGGCGGGGCGGAUCCGGGCCUGCCGGCUCGACGUGCCGGACGGCUGGCUGCCCGGGGACGCGUGCGACCGGCUGGGCGCCGGCCUCGCCGGCCGCCGCUUCCGCCCGGGCGACGCCGCCGCGCCGCCGCUCCCGCUGGGCCCGCGGGACCCGGAGGGGCGGAGGCGGUGGCGUCUACUAUGUGAAGCGCUCGAGACCUUAAUGUGACUCUCCGCGGCGGAUCCUUCCCCCCGGCCUCGGAUUCCCGGAUCCCGGCCCGCGCGGGUACCAUUAAAACCGAUCGAUCUUCGGCGACCGGGGGACGAUCCGUUUCUCGAGCGCCGCGUCGACCGCCUGGGAGGGGACGGUGACUUUGUUCGGCGCUUACUAGGCGCCAAGCACUGUUUUAAGCGCCGGGGGAGACGCGGGGCGAUUAGGCCGUCCCACG